CGCAAAGACUGCGUGACAGGAUAGCCCCGCAGAUUUGCGUUGUCCUUCGACCGUGAUUGGGCUUGACGCCGGGGCCCCACAGUUCAGCUCGUCAACCCAGACAAAAAACCCCUGUUUAGAUCCGGAUAUCAUCGACAGUUCAUCUCUCCAUGAAGGGGUGAUGUACGGGGCACCAGGCAGUGGGAUGAUAAGUAACACGGCAAAACGGGAUCUUCCAAUGCACUGGAUAUGGGCAGCGUAGCGAUAGCGGACUUUGGACCCCAGUCAGUGGGGGCGGCUGAUUGUUAGUCUACACGUUGUGUCUGACUGUUUUCUCCUGGCGAUUCCUUUUUCCCUCUUGUUCUGGCGCUUAAAUUGUUGCGGUCAGGCCCUCGCUUGAUGAAUCUGCAGUAUUUUACCUGACUCUCUACCGGUCCAGUGGGAUAGUCUGUGUACUAGUCCAGCGAACCUCAUUUCAUCAAGUUGUGUUUACUGGUAUUGUUUUCGCAUCGUCGUGCACCUUCCCCUAUUCGAUUGGAGGCACCGUGACAGAAACCGAUAAACAAAAUGGGUUGGUUUCCCCUCGAUCUCGCGUCGGAUGAGCCUACCUGGAGCUUCGACAUCGUCGGUUUACUCGCUGUGGUCGGAGGUUCAUCUAUUGAGAAGCAUGCGCAAGCGAUCACAGCAUCACCCUUGGGGGGGUUUCCGCGCCUCCUGCCCGCCCCGGAGACAAUGCUCAACACCGAUCGCCCCGUCCGCCUCCCCUCCGUUAAGGACGUACACGUCGUGGGUGUCUUCUCCGGCAAUCACUUCACCGAGUUGAACUUUUUCGCCGACGUGAUCCAUCGGGUAGACUCGCUGGAGCCGUACGAGUUUCAGUCGUACGAAAUUACAUAUUCCGGAAGUAGUCCCGAGCAGAAUGGGCCCCCGGACGACAAGAACAGCAUUCCACUGCGCAAGAUCUGCCCACUCAAUUUGGUAACGCUGGUCUCCAUCCUGAUGACGAUCGCACUAUUCGUCUGGGCCGGCGUCAACCAUGACGCGGUAGCUUUGAUUGGUCUGGGAACCAUGACCUUAUCCACGAGCACCGCGUGCUUAUCCUCCCAAUGGCGACCGAAGCUGUCGGUGCGGAAGUCCAAGGCUGCCAAGGUCCCGCCCGGAGAUGUGGUCAUCCGCACGCGGUCGGGUGCUUUUAUCGUCGUCAAAUGCAACGAGGACAUUGCUCGCGAGCUUUAUGGCGGCACGGAAGCCUGCGAUUAUGUCUUCAGGGGGCGGGCGCACCAAGUCCUUCUGGCACUUAGCACGGUGCUGCUGAUGGCAUCCAUCAUUUUCUUCAGCAAUUGCGGAUGGAAAUCGCAGAUCGCCGUCGGUUUGGCAUACGUCAUCCUCAAUAUCGCUUACUGGGCCAUGGCGUUGCUGACGGAACCUCGGCAAACCUGGGAUAUUGACUCGCGGUACAGUAUCAAGCCGAUCGAGCGUAAGCUCACCGACAAUUAUACACAGGUUCUGUGGCACUGUAUUCGAACGACGGGGAAGGUCCACUGGAUUCAUAAGGGGCAACUGGCGCCGUCGACCCCUAACUGGGAUGGGUGGUUGAAGGAAGCACGGAGGAAUUCUGGUCGUGAGGACUGGAACCCUGAUGAGGCGCGGGAUCGAUGGAUGGCAAUGAAGCUCGAACCUGAGGCAGAUGACAGCGAAUGAUGAUGUUCGCAAGAGGAGUUCAAGGCCUAGUGUCGUUCUAUAUAUAUGGAUAUGUAUAUACAUUUACUCUUGAUUGAUGAUUGACAGAUGAGACACAGGUUGAUGAUUAACGUUGGAGGUGAUAGACAUUCUGACUCAAUUUAGGUAAUAGUAUUGUUCUUUUAUGUCAAUAUCAUCAAGAAUGGGGAGAAUAUCAUGGAAGGGAGAAGAUGGAUAUUCC